AAAGAAUUCUAGCUAUCGAUCGUCUCUUCUAUUAAUAUCUUUGUUCGCUGAACCUUUUUUCUUGGGAAGGAAUUGGGAUCUUUUUCUCUUGCCGACAAACGUCGACGAGCUCUCUUUGUUUUCCGGCGAUUCCUGCCGUCGUGAUCUGAAUCGCCGACGCGGCGCGGGGAGAGGACAAAGCUUGGAUCUGGUGGCGGGGUCCAGGAUCGGAUCUGGUCGGAGGCCGCGAGAUCGGGAUGGACGGACGAGAUUGAGGCUUCCUUCCCCUCCUCGCCAUGGGCGGAUGCUUGUCCGUCGAGGAGCCCCAGCUCCCUCCCAACAAGAAACCAGGCCAUCCAGAAGACUUAAGAGUGACAGACAUAAGAAAUUAAAAUAUGCAAAGGUGCAUCUGAUGUCAAAGGUGAGGUAAGCAUGCUGGCCCCUCCCAAGGGUGUUGAAGACUUGCGUUCGAUAGGUGGAUAUGAAAAUGUCAACAUAUUUUCAUAUAAUGAGUUGAGAGCAGCCACCAAGAAUUUUCGACCAGAUCAAAUUCUCGGAGAGGGUGGAUUUGGAAUUGUUUAUAAAGGUGUUAUUGAUGAAAAUGUCAGGCCAGGUUUCAAAUCCACUUAUGUUGCUGUCAAAGAGCUCAAUCCAGAAGGCUUCCAGGGAGACAAGGAAUGGCUGGCAGAAGUCAACUAUCUCGGGCAGCUUAGCCAUCCAAAUCUUGUCAAACUUAUUGGUUAUUGCUGUGAAAAUGAACACAGACUGCUGGUUUAUGAGUACAUGGCGUGUGGCAGCCUUGAAAGGCACCUUUUCCGACGGAUUACACUUACAAUGCCAUGGUCUACUCGUAUGAAGAUUGCACUUGAUGCUGCAAGGGGGCUUGCUUUUCUUCAUGGACUCGAAAGACCCGUCAUUUAUCGUGACUUCAAGACAUCAAAUAUCUUACUAGAUGCGGAUUAUAAUGCUAAACUUUCAGAUUUUGGCCUUGCCAAGGAGGGACCUAUGGGAGACCAAACACAUGUCUCCACUAGGGUCAUGGGUACCUAUGGUUAUGCGGCCCCUGAGUAUGUAAUGACUGGCCAUUUAACUGCCAGGAGUGAUGUUUAUGGUUUUGGAGUUGUGCUUCUCGAGAUGCUCAUAGGAAGAAAGGCAAUGGACAAGAGCAGGCCUAGCCGAGAACACAACCUAGUCGUGUGGGCUCGUCCACUCUUGAUCCAUAACAGGAAGUUGCUGAAGAUCAUAGAUCCAAGAAUGGAAGGGCAAUACUCUACCAAGGUGGCAGCAGAGGUUGCCGGUUUAGCAUAUCGGUGCCUCAGCCAGAACCCUAAAGGGAGGCCCAUCAUGAGCCAGGUAGUCGAAACCCUCGAAGGCAUUCGGGACCUACCUGAGAGCAGGGAAGGCAUCCUGCUCCAGAGCUGUGGCAGUGCUGUGACCCUCUAUGAGGUUCCUAAAGAAACAGUAGAUAGCAGCACUGAUAAGAAACACUCCAGCGAAAAUGCAGGUGAAAAUGAACAGAAGGAACAUAGCAGAAAAACAAAGCCUAAUAGUUGCAGGAGCAAAAGUGAACCCCCUAUGGAAUAUAAUCUGGAUAGUCCCUCGCCAGAUUAUGAUGGCCUGCCACCAAAAUCUUCUUGUGAUGGCGGUGCAAAGCCAUCUUUUGAUGAGGUCGAUAUGUAAAUGAUGUGAUGAUUGUUAAACUCGUCCAGUACAUCAUUAUUUUUGUACUAGAUGUCACCAUUUCAGGUGCUGUACCAUAUGAAAGCAGAGGAAAUAAAAUUUUUGAAUGGAGAAUAUCACCCUAAAGCAUAUAUGU